UUGGAGAAACUUCAAGCUCAUUUUCUUUCCAUGCUCAUUCAGUGAGUUCUCAGCUUUUGACAGAUUUACAACCUCACAUUAAAAACUCAGCGUGAAUUCCGUUCUGAAACAAUCAAAGUUGGCGUGGGCAAAAAAAGUGACUUUGUCUUUUUCUUCUUCGUUAGUUCCGUCCUUUCCUCUAUGAAUGGAUCUACUUGCCAAGACGAGACAAUACCUGAGAAAUGAGGAGUGUACGUUGGUAUCAUUGUCAUUAAUCAAUAUCAACAUCAUCACAACCAGCAGGACCAUCCUUCGUCUCCACCUCCUCCUACUUGUUCUUCUUCUAUACUCCACUGUUACUGACAAUUUUAUCGUGAUCUCCACAGCUCGCUCGAGUGACGGCUAAGAGACAAUAUUUGAAAAGACUCUCAUUUCCCAUCAUUGUGGGGAAUUCAGUCCUCAGUGAAACCGUCAUCAUUGCUACCAUCCAUCAUUGACGCUUUUCCCCAGAUCAGGCGCGCCAAUCUGGGUGGAAGGAGCUCACCAAUAGGGCGGGGGAUGGCCUCCCCACCCACUUCGAUCGGACCCCCUUCGAAUUUGUCCCCAAUCCCACCUUUCCGACCCACACCCACCAUGCUUGAGAACGGCUUCAAUCAAUUCAUGCAGUUUAGACACGCCCAGGCGGAUCUCUUGGCACGCCUGGGCCGGCCCAUUCCACGUCUCCCACUCCCUCUGCCACUUCCAUUUCUACAUGCGGCGGCCGCAAAAUUCCCCUCGGGGCGAAUCCCAUUCCCUAAUUUGGCCGGAUUUCCGCCGCGUCCUUCACCUUUGUCUAUAGGGGUCAACCAUGGUCAUGGGGGCCCCCCUCGAAUCGAAUUGCCACAUUCUUCCCCGGGAUCCGGCGGGUCCCAUCGACACACCUAUGGCGAUGAGCCUCACUCGCCCAACGACUCGGAAAGCGAUGAAGCGAAGCGGCGGAGAUCGCGGACGAAUUUUUCGCAAUGGCAACUCGAGGAGUUGGAACGAGUGUUUCACUCAUGCCAUUAUCCCGACGUGUUCAUGCGAGAGGCUAUGGCUCUUAAGUUGGACCUCAAAGAAUCUAGAAUCUCGGUAUGGUUUCAGAAUCGACGCGCCAAGUUCCGGAAGAAGGAGAACACAAAGAAAGGACCUGGCCGGCCGGCCCACAACGCCCACCCACAAACUUGUUCCGGAGAGCCAAUCUCGGAAGAGGAAUUGGAGAGGCGGGAACACCAGAGGAAAGACAGGAAACUCAUGAAACAAUUGGAGAAACAGCAGAAGAAGCUGGCCGCCAAAGGCAUCAAUGUGGACCUCGACACCCUGAAGAAAGAUUAUGACAACCAAAAGAACGGAGGCAAGACAUCCAUCCAUUUGGACGCGCAAAAAUUGGAUGAGGAGAUGAUCGAUGUGGUGGGCAUCGAGGAUGGAGGCACGAACCUCAAGACUGACUACGAAGAGAUGCAUCGGCACAUUUUGAACAAGCGCAAGAUUACCCCCUUUAGCAUCGAAAGUCUUCUUAACUGCCGUGUCCAGGAGGAGCGGCAGAGGCUCCUCAAGUCCGAGCCUGACGAGGACAUGGACGAGGACAACUCCAGCUCGUACCAAAGUCCAUUGUCAAGUCCGCGGAGUCACAUCGAGCCGGUGACGUCCAUGCCGACCUUACCCUCUCCGACCCACUCCACCAACUCUAGUCUUGGGCCGCCACUCGGGAAGGACCUUCCUGAGGGCCCCAACCAAGGGUCGUCAUUGGACAUGUCCAAUUCGGCCCCGGUGUCACCGGUAAUCAAACAAGAGACCUCACUGGAGCUAUUGUCAGACCACGAAGAGAGGCCCAUCAAACCUCAGGUGCUCAAGCCGUCGCCCACGUUCCCACAGAUGCUGCUCCCGACGACGUCCGCCUCGUUUUCGCCGCCUCUGGGUUUGAAUUUUUUGUCACCCAACCUCCCGAACUUCCUCCAGGCGUCGCCACCGCCCAUGAUGUCCUCGUUCUUGGAGCGACAGCCUUCUGGAGGACAUGGGGAAUGUCAGGACUAGAUCAAGACGAGCCUCAUCUGAGGUCGUUCUAUCGAAUAGCUGUAUGCCGUUAGCUCGGCUUUAUCAAGUUCCUACGUGUAGACCGAUUGACGUUUUACCAUAUCAUUCUUGAAAUCCUCGAGUGCUUCCUUUCUGAUUUUGCCUUUUGUUCUGGAACAACCCUGGAUGGACUUUUUGACAUAUCACGUUUCGUGUUCCGUUCCCUUGGUUCCAUUGUCCCUACUUUUGCACCCUCUCAGAUCCUUCGGUUGGCGUUUCAGUGUUUACUCGGUUUGACCUUUUGGUUCCAAGUGGAGAUUCCAAUCUAUAUCAAUUUGUUCUGUGAUAUACCAUAUGUUAUAGCUCUUGUUGAAUUUCAACUUCUUUGCACAUGUUCAAGGAAUACAUUCAAAUUUCACAUUUGGAA